AUGAGGGAGUUGAAAAAGAGACGGAGAGGGAGCCGACGGAGCCGAGGGAGCCUCAAAAGGAGCCGGUUGGAAUGGACAAAGACCUCAUCAAGCAAUGGGGUGGAGGAAGGCGUUUCAAAUUGCCUGAAAGAGUUGAUGCCUGCGAUAGUGGAACAAACUUUAAGUCAGGUCGUCCCCGUUGCCAUUAAUCGGGCAUUUGAUGAGGUUUUUAAACGAUUGGAUGAUUAUGUUAUUUCGAGAGUUGGGGAUAAAACUCGAGGUGCUGAGAGUCAAUCCACUCCAAAUUUUGGUCAUGGGUCCUCUCAGGCGGCCUUCUCCACUCGAGGAGAAUCAAGCGGUCCUCUCAAAUGGUCCUCUCAGGCGGUACCAAAUUUUGGUAAUGAGGUGGUUGAUAACGAGGCUGAGAGAGAAGAGGAGGAAGAAGAGAAGGAAGAGGAACAGGGGAAGGAAGAGGAAAAUAAGGAUGAGGAGGAGGAAGAAGAGAAGGAGAACGCGGUAAUCUACAUGCACAUCAUGCAGUUGAAAGAUGUUCAACAGUUUAUGAGAAUCAUGCAUUUCAAACACGCUCUUAGUAACUAG